AUGAGCCUGACUCGUUACGCCGCAGUACAUGAGUCCCCCCAGGGCCCUGGUGACGCUCGUCCCACUGCUCUACAAGUUCUACGUGAUGAAAACCUCGACGGUGAACAGCUCACUGGAAAGAGCAUCUUCAUCACUGGUGUUUCCUCUGGGCUAGGCGCAGAAACAGCCAAAGUGCUCUUUCGUACAGGCGCAACCCUGUUUUUAACUGCCCGCGAUCUCGCUAGAGCGAAGCAAGCACUGGGUGAAGAGUUGGCUAGUUCAUCUCGUGUGCAUUUGCUGCCGCUCGAACUUGGCUCAUUCGACAGUGUGCGUGCCUGCGCAGAGCUCUUUAAAGCGCAAGGGGAUAACACGCUAAACAUCUUCAUCGCCAAUGCAGGCAUAAUGGCUGUCCCAGAAGGCCGGACAAAAGACGGGUUUGAAUUACAAUUUGGCACAAAUCAUCUCGGUCACUUUCUGUUAUUUACUCUUCUGCGCCCAGCCCUACUGAAAGGAGCUGCCAUAGGAUUUGAAUCUCGCGCAGUGUUUCUUUCUUCCAUGGGGCAUCGAUUCGGAGAGGUCCGUCUCGACGAUUACAAUUUCGAGACCGACGCCUACGAUCCAUGGAAAGCAUACGGCCAGAGCAAGUCUGCCAAUCUCUGGACAGCCAAUGAGGCAAAUCGUCGGUACAAUAACCGAGGACUGCGAGCUUUUAGUGUACAUCCUGGCGGUAUAGUCGAGACGACAUUGCUGAAGCACGUUUCUGAGGAGAACAAGGAAGCUAUGGUUACCGAUCCUACGCUAAAACCAACAUUAAAGAACACCGAACAGGGUGCCGCCACUACUGUUUGGGCAGCAAUUUCCAAGUCGUUGGAUGGGCUGGGAGGUAAAUAUCUCGAAAAUGUUCAAGUCGCACAGCCGUGGAACCCUGAAGACGGGCCUUGGGGCCGUGGAUAUGCCCCGCAUGCUUAUAGCCCAGAAAAGGAAUCACAGCUCUGGGAUUUGUCGCUGAAGUUAGUUGGAGCAGAGGAAUAG